GGUAGAUAGGGUUAGGGUUAUAUCAGGGUGUGUAACCUAUUAAAAAUAGUGGAUAAAAAUAUUAACCACACGGUGCAGCAGUGAUCCAAAUUAAAUCCUAAUUAGCAAAGAAGAGGAACAAGAACUACAACAACAUCUCAACAACAAGAAGUGUUUACAUUUCUUAUCAAUUAAAUGCUCUGCUCUGAAAUGCCGUGAAAGCACACAACGACACACACUGUGAUGCAGGACUCAACCAUGGAAGACUCCAAAGCAGGGUUAUUUACAAAAGGGGAAUCUCAGCGACAAAGCAGCUUGUUUCUGAAUCUCUUUAAAGAGUUCCAGUUCGAAGCGUUAGAUGACCCUUCGGCUCAGACAGAACAUUCCAGCAAUCCAAAAAAUUCCAGAGUGAAUAGUCAAGCACAGCAAACCGUUCUACAUUGCUUGCACACAUCCUCUUCUCAACAACAGACUGGACAGGACCAUAACUCAAAUCUGUCUGACCAUGAACUCCAAUCUGGAGAGGAUCCAAACCUGUCCUCAACUGUGUUGGACUCUAACUCAAACUUGUCCUCAACUGUGUUGGACUCUAACUCAAACCUGUCCUCAACUGUGUUGGACUCUAACUCAAACCUGUCCUCAACUAAACACGAAUCUGUGUUGGACUCUACCUCAAGCUUGUUCUUUUCUAACCACCGAUCUGAAGAGGACUCUAACUCAAUCCCAUCCUCUCCUGAAUACCAAUCCCGAGAUGACCACACCUCGUACAUGUCCUACCAUAAACACCAAUCUAAAGAGGACUCUCCCUUAAACCUGUCCUUUACUAAACACGAUUCUGGAGAGGCUCACACCCCACAAUUAUCAAGUCCUAAACACCAGUUUGAAGAGAAAUACACCAUGCAUGUGUCCUACCAUGUAAACCAGUCUGGACGGGACUAUAUCUCAAACCUUUCCUCUACUAAACAUCAGACUGAAGAGGAACCAACUGCAAACUUGUCCUACCAUGAAAAUGACUACAUCUCAAUCAAAUCCUCCCCUGAACACCAAUUUAAAGAAGACCAGACAUCAAAUCUGUCAUCUCCUGAAUCAGAACAGAAACUUCUACCACAUUUCAAGUGUCGCUACUGUGGCAAGUCCUUCAGCUGCCAGCGGUAUCUCAAAGUGCACACUGUCCAAAGAGAAGAUGCCUUUAACUGUACAUCAUGUGGGAAGCUUUUCUCUGCUAAAUGUAGCUUGAUGGCUCACAGACAUUCUGAGCAUAAGGGAGAAAAACCUCUGGAAUGUGAAGUGUGUGGAAAAACUUUUGCAACAGCUAAAGCGAGAGCUGCACAUCAGUCUCAUCACAACGGGACCCAGCGGUUUAACUGCCCAUGCUGUGACAAAUGCUUCCUGAGCAAGAACCUAGUAAAUGCUCACAUGCUAAAUGAGCACCAGGGGAUUCAACCUUUUGGAUGUGACAUUUGUGGUAAAAGAUUCAAGCUGAGGAAUGGACUGAUCUCCCAUCAGCGGAUUCACUCAGGAGAGAGACCAUACCACUGCGAAGAAUGUGGCAAGACCUUCAUCGCUAUAAGCACCUUUAAUGUCCAUCGGCGGGUUCACACAGGAGAGAAGGCGUUUAGCUGUGAAUCAUGCGGAAGGAAGUUCAGCCUAGCUGCUUGUCUGUCCAGACAUCAGCAGAGCCACAGGGAUUCUAAAUCCUUCACCUGUGACGUCUGCAAGAAGACUUUUGCCAAGGUUAGCCAUCUUCGUCUUCAUCAACGUGUACAUGCUGGCAAGAAAACGCAUGACUGCCAAACCUGCCAGAAAAGUUUCAGUCAUAUCCAGUCUCUCAGGUUACAUGAAAAGAUUCAUGUAACCAAGCGAACGUUUUCCUGCUCCAUAUGCGCCAAAUUGUUUGGAUCAAAUGCGUAUUUAAAAAAUCACCAGCAGGUCCAUACAGGAGUGAAUCUGCACCGCUGUAAUGAGUGCGGCAAGAGUUUCAUCACAGCCGGCCAUCUUCGCUCGCAUCUUCAAGUCCAUCCACACUUGAGACCUUUCGCCUGCGGCGAGUGUGGACGGAGUUACAGCACCCUCGACGAUCUUGUGCGCCACAGACGCGUCCAUACGGAUGACAGCUUCCGCUGUGAGGUGUGUGAGAAGCGGUUUGUGACGAAGAAAAGCUUAUCCUCGCACCAGCGAACGCACAGCGGCGAGAAGCCGUACUCGUGCAGGGAGUGCGGUAAGAGUUUCGCACACUUAUCCAGUGUUCUCAGACAUGCCAGCGUUCACACGGAAGAGAAACCCUUCAGGUGUGACGAGUGUGGGAAAUGUUUCCGCCUGGAGAUUGGCCUCAGAGCUCACACACAGAUGCAUGCGAACAAGCAAGCGCACACGUGCACCGAAUGCGGGAGAGGUUUCUCACGAACAAAACCCUUCCUGAACCACAAAUGUGCAAAGAAGCGAUCUGAGAAUGGGACACGGAAUCCAAACAGCAAGAAAAGACAAAAGAACGUCUCUGAAAACAUGGUUUAAAUUCUGUA